GUUUACCUCUGCUCGUACAAAGAACAAUCGCGAGGACUAUUGUCCUGCAGGAAAUUGUAGGAAAAGGCCGAUUUGGUGAAGUCUGGCGUGGAAAAUGGUGCGGGGAAGAUGUAGCUGUGAAGAUCUUCUCCUCCAGAGAUGAACGGUCCUGGUUUCGGGAGGCGGAAAUUUAUCAGACGGUUAUGCUGAGACACGAAAACAUCCUGGGCUUUAUUGCUGCCGAUAACAAGGAUAACGGGACGUGGACGCAGCUCUGGCUCGUCUCCGAGUACCACGAGCAAGGGUCCCUGUACGACUACCUGAACAGAGCCACGGUGACGGCGGAGGGCAUGGUCAAGCUGGCGCUGUCGGUGGCCAGCGGCCUGGCGCACCUCCACAUGGAGAUCGUCGGCACGCAAGGCAAGCCAGCGAUCGCACACCGAGACCUGAAAUCUAAAAACAUCCUAGUGAAGAGGAACGAAAGCUGCGCCAUCGCGGACCUGGGCCUGGCGGUGAAGCACGACUCGGUGCUGAACACCAUCGACAUUCCCCAGAACCCCAGGGUGGGG